GACGUGCCCGGUAUAUAUCCGGUUCCGGCCAACGCUAACCUAGCUGAGAGAAAUUAAAUGAUUUUUAGAGGUGCUAAUAGAUAAUUUGCUUGCUAAGAUUACUUUUGAUCGUCUUUGUGAAACAUAAACUUGCCGAUAAGUUCCUGUUUGACGCUCCACGUCACGGACAGGGAAUCCGUGUAAAUGGCGUCGACUAAUGAUCCAUUCCAAUUUCAAGAAUUUGAAGAAGCUGGCAAUCUGUUGGAAGCCAAUAGAGAUGCAACCACCAUCAGCAUUGAAGAUGAUGACAUGCCAGAGAGGCAGAGAAAGGCUGCUGGUUUCACUCCGGAUGUUGAUGACAAGGAUCCACAUGCCAGUGAUGACAAGACAGAGCUCCUCUCUGGGCAAAAUAAAAGUGCCCCCUUCUGGACUUUUGAGUACUACCAAAGAUUUUUUGACAUCGAGACCCAUCACGUGAAGGAAAGAAUAAUUGGAUCUAUGCUGCCAUGGCCUGGAAAGAACUUCAUUCAUGUCCACCUUCGUAGAAGUCCUGAUCUUUAUGGACCAUUCUGGAUUUGCACCACCCUUGUGUUUGCUCUAGCCAUUAGUGGAAACUUUUCCAACCUCCUGCUGAAUUUAGGCAAACCAGGCCAUAAGUAUAGCCCACAGUUUGGAAAAGUGACAAUAGCUGCAACAGCGAUCUUCAGCUAUGCUUGGUUUGUACCCCUUGCCCUCUGGGGUUGCCUGCUCUGGAGAAACAACAAGAUCAUGAAUUCAGUGUCAUAUUCCUUUAUGGAGAUCGUCUGUGUAUAUGGAUAUUCCCUUGCAAUAUACAUACCAGCAGUGGUCCUAUGGAUUAUCCCAUUUGAAUGGCUGAGGUGGUGCUCCAUCGUGGUGGCUCUCUGCCUCUCUGGCUCCGUUCUGGUGAUGACUUUCUGGCCUGCAGUCAGGGAAGACCACCCCAAAGUUAUUGCAGCAAUAAUGUCGGCCAUUGUUCUACUCAACGUCCUGCUCGCUGUAGGCUGUAAGGCCUAUUUCUUUAGCAAACCAGAAGCAUCACUAUCAGCUGCACCUUCUGCUGCACUGCAGUUGACCAAGGCACCGUCUGCGACAUGAAGCCUUUCAUUGUCUAAAGGUUCUCCUGUUGCCUUAUUAGAGGGAAUCAGGUUGCUGCAGUGAUGAAGUAAUGGGUCGGUUGGAUUUCACCUGCACUCGGACAUUCUGGCCCAAGACCUAAAACCCCAGUGUCAAUGCUUGUUUCAAUUGAAUGACCUCUGGAAAUGAACACUGGUACUAAGUAUGUUAUUUCUAAUGGGAUGGGUUCUCAGCUUCCUUAAAGAUAAAUGGGGUAUGGUGUGACUCAGCAAAUAUAGGAUCUCUUGCAGUAUGGCAGUUUUCUGCUUUAAGGUCCUUUUUUCAAAGUACUUAAAUAACUAGUCUAUGCAGUAAUGUUGGUGGCAUCAAAGUGAUUUUGUAUAUACAUUUUUCAUACUCAGUUAAUGGGAACUGGCUAGUUAAUUUUGUGUUAUGAAGAUUCUUUAUUCACAGCAUAAUAAUAACAACAGGUGUUAGUGAGAAAUUCAAGACUUGGACUUAUUAUGAACAAUUUUAGUAUUUUUGUAUCAUCUUUUCUCUGAUAUAACCAUAAGUGCCGCGAACUAAUGCCAAAGACCCAUUCUAAAUGUCCAAGGCUGUUACACUUGUGUAACUUUUUUAAAUAAUUUGUUUUUACUUUGAAUAACUGCAUUUGAUAACAUGUAUAACAUUGAAUAUGUUCAUUUGCAAUGAGCGUUUCAUGGGUAAACAAAUAAAAUAUGUUCUUUGUGGGA